UUUAACCCGUUAGUUUACUUACACAUCAUCUCUAUGUUACACGCCCUUCUUAUUUCAUUCGGCAAAAAAUUGUGAAGAUUACUGUCGCUCACACCCCUUUAUUUUGUCUGUGUGGCUCUUAGUGUUGUCAAUCAAAAAAAAAAAAACCCCGAGGUAUCAGGUUUCGGUUUGUGGGGAGAAACUAAUACUGGACUCCAAAGGCAAGCAGCAGUGUUUGGAACAUUUUGUUAGACAUGCUGAGAAAAGGGGAGGUGAAAUUUGAAAAACGCUGUGUUUACAUCACAGUGAGUGAAAUGAGAAGCUCAUUAAGGCCCGAGGUCCGAGGCCUGAUAAUAACGACAGCAUCGGCUUGAGUCACGACCAGUAGUAGUACUGUUAUCCUGUUGAGGUGGGGUGGCGGGGGGAGGUGUGAUGGAUCGGAACAAGCGGAAUUCAAUAUCGGGGUUCCCGUCUCGGCCAGAUCGGUUUGAGGAUCAUGAGGGAGGGGGCGGGGGGGAGGCGUGUGCCCCCCAGAUGGGCCGGUUCUGCUCCUCCUCCUAUCGAGCCCUCAUCAGCGCCUUCUCCCGCCUCACACGCCUCGACGACUUCAUUUGCGAGAGAAUCGGCACCGGCUUCUUCUCCGAAGUUUACAAGGUGCGACACCGGACCUCUGACCAGGUGAUGGCCCUAAAGAUGAACAAGAUGAGCAGCAACAGAGCUAACAUGUUGAGGGAGGUGCAGCUCAUGAACAGGCUCUCACACCCCAACAUCCUCAGGUUUAUGGGCGUUUGUGUGCACGAAGGCCAGCUCCAUGCACUAACCGAGUACAUCAAUGGUGGUAAUUUGGAACAGCUUCUUGAUAGCAACAAGCACCUGAGCUGGUCAGCUCGAGUCAAGCUGGCACAUGACAUUGCCAUGGGUCUGAGCUACCUGCACUUCAAGGGAAUCUUCCACAGAGACCUGACGUCCAAGAACUGUUUGAUAAAAUGUGAGGAAGACGUUUACACAGGGGUGGUGGGAGAUUUUGGCCUUGCUGAGAAAAUCCCUGAUUACAGCGUUGAAAGUGAGAAAUUGUCAGUGGUCGGCUCCCCGUUUUGGAUGGCGCCCGAGGUCCUCAGAGAUGAGCAAUACAAUGAGAAGGCGGAUGUCUUCUCCUAUGGUAUCAUACUCUGUGAGAUUAUAGCCAGGAUACAGGCUGAUCCAGAUUAUCUCCCACGCACAGAGAAUUUUGGUUUGGACUACCAUGCUUUUCAGCACAUGGUUGGAGACUGCCCACCUGACUUCCUCCAGCUGGCUUUUAACUGCUGUAAUAUGGACCCCAAGCUCCGUCCUUCCUUCCCAGAGAUGGUGAAGACACUGGAGGAGAUCCUGAACCGGCUGAGAGCCCAGGAGGCGGAGAGAGAGAGGCUGCACCUCAGUCUGGAGAGCAUCGACAAGAAGACAAUUCCCAAAGGUCCAGGUGAUAAGAUACAGGGAGUGAAACGCUCAAACCCGAUGGGACUUCAGGACGGCAAGAUCCCUCCCAAGUCUCCCAGGCCAAGGCGGAACAUCUUGCUUUCACGGAGCCAGUCGGAUGUUUUCGCUCGGAAGUCAAGCCACAAGAUCAAUGUUCAGGACCCCUACUAUCACCCAACACGAGGCGGGGCUGGUGGCCACAAAAUCAACCCCUUCAAUGCCCGGGAGGACCUCAAGGGUGGCAAGACCAAGUUUUUCGACAUGCCCAGCAAGUCUGUAAUCUCACUGGUGUUUGACCUGCACUCCCCCCAGAGCGGUGUGAUCACCUCCCAGCGACAGUUCAGACAGGGCUGUGUGGGUGCGGGGGGGGUUGAUUACUGGCAGGACCCUUCCCUGUUUCCAGGCAGGCGCUGUCGAUCGCUGCCUGUUUCUCCUGUGUUGUUACCCAAAGAGUGCUUCGGAAUCGGGGGCGGCGGGCUGGCCUCCACUGUCUGCAAGUGCGACCCUGUAUUGCUGGGCAACGAGGUGCGACAGAAGAUGCUAAGCAGUGGAGGCAAAUAUUCUGUGCUGGAGAUCCCACCGUUCCGUCCCAGGUCUAAGUCGGAGGAAUUUGAGGAAGAGGUAGAUGGGGCUGAGAGUGAGAAUGGUGAGAGUUGGUCUCCUCAUCACUACCAGGCUGCUUCUCAGUCUGCUGAUCGGGGUGAGGCUAUGGAUUGCUCCAACAGCCAGGGGGGACCAGAAGAACCGGGGGAGGAUGAUUGUGAGUUCUACCCUGCUGUAGACAGGUUAAGCCCCCCAGUGAGUUCUGGACGAGGUGAGAACGGCACUUCGGGUAGGAACUCUGUCUGUGAGGAUAUGGAGGCAGUGAACGAGGAGGAGAUGCAGAGGUAUAUGUCCAAUCUGGCCAUCCCAGAGCCCGGAGUGAUGGGGUUAGGGGCACAGACUCCAACCUUAGGCAGCGCCAAGGCUUCCUUCAGCCUCAGCAUCUCUGUGGAGCCUGACUCUGACGAGGAGUCUUUUCUCUCCUCUGAGGAAAGCUUUGGCCCCAUCGUACUAGCCCCCUGUGUGGUGUCUAGAUCUCCAGACAUCCAGUCCAAAUGUGACAUUUAAAAAUAAAGAAAUUGAAAAUAAAAACUAUUUUUUUUGUGCCCUAAGUGUUAAGGAAGCACAACAAAGUUUGUUUAUGAUGAUGACAGGCAGAGUAUUUUUUUAAUUGUUAUUGUUGUUGGUAUAAGUAAUAUUUAAUAUAUACACUAUAGCGGUUCCAGAGAAGUUGUUUUGUAGUUUGUACAUGAGGAGAUUGAUCCUCAAUGAGUGAGGGAUCCACUUUGGAAUCAUGGUCCAUUAUUUCACAUCCUGACCAUCAUAAUCAAGUUAGUAUACAUAAUAAGAGCAGUCGUGGCUAGGAGUGACCCAACUUUAACAUUAUGACAGCUAUCUGCAGUUAAAUCAAACCUGAAACCUCCAACUAUCCCUGAGAAUGUUUGAUAUUGCAUGUUCUUGUCAGUAAUAAUAACCCACGAUAAGUAUGUGGAAUGACACAAUAGUAGAUUUAUCUUUUUGAUCAAUAUUAAUAAUGCACACAGAUAUUAACACAAUAACCUGAUGUGCAUGCACACACAAAUGCACAUUCUUUGAAACCUAGCUAAUAGCAAAAUUAUCUUAUUUUAUUAAACAUGUAAAAAAACUAAGAACAAAAAUAUCAUUGAGUGCAAAAUAUGUUUUAAAAAAAAAUGGCUGUGUUAUUUAUAUCUUAAAACAAUCACCAAUUAUUGUUUUGGUCAUGGGUAUACGUAAAGUAUGUGUAUACAGUGUCUAAUAUAAAUAAAACAAGUGCAGAGGGUGACAAUGUAAUUUGGAACCCACAGAAGUAUAAAUGCGUUCUAGCGUCUGAACAUCUAUGUUUCAAACAGUGAAUGAGAAAUUUGCCUCCUUGAGAUUCUGUGAUCUAAAGUUCUGCACACAAAUGAGUUUACACUCCAUAUAUCAACAGAGACCUCAAGUUCAUUGUAGUGCAGCUGUUAAAGAAUGGGCUUGCAGAUAUGUUGAAGUCACUUAGAAGACAAGCUGAGCAGCACUGUGUACUGUAUAUUUAUCAGCAUUGUCAGUAUUAUUAUGCUACUCUACCAAGGUCACAAAUAGUGAUUGUAAAAGUUUUAGGGAAGGUGGGGUUGGGGAAUAUAUAUUUUUAAUCCUGAUAUAUAUCAUAUAUAAUUUUUUAAUUGCCUUGUUUGGUAAACACCAAUAUAAAUGUUAAAAUAUUGCAGCCAGAAAGUGCUGUCUGGCGUUUUCUUUAUAAAAAGUGAUAUUGCAAUAAACAGUUUUACUGAACAGCUACUACCCCAAGACUGGAAGGUUUCUCGUUUGUCGACAAACUCUUCCAGUUGUAACGGCGAGGGUGUUUGACAUUCAUAGGAUGUGUUUGUUUGUUUUUUUUAAAGGGGUGUCCUUUCCUGGUUAGGAUUUACAAAAGUUGACAUUUCACAGGACUCCUCCCAGCUCCAUGGCAUUUGGGAGGGAUGCAGCUGCAGGCUCUUCCAUCACACCUUAGAGACAGUUAGUUACCCCGACAUGUCACUGUCAUGACCCAGGUGAAAUUCUGGGAAAUACAGCCAACAAGUGAGAUCCCCGAAAGAUUAUUCUUAUGUAAGGCAAGUAAACAAGCUCUUCACAUCCCCACAAUGCUAAAUAUUUAGUGCAGGGGGUGUACAAUUCUGAUACUAUUGGGUCAUUCCCUCUAGGCUAAUAAUUUAGGACCUCUGUAGAGAUUUAAUUGGUUCAAAUAAACUAGACAUAGUUAGAACACCAUGACUGGGGGGGGGGAGAAUAUGAAUAGCCUGGUCUUGUUUGAAUUUGUUAAAUGAUGCUGUUCUAGUGUCACUACAUUUCUAUGCAAUAAAAAAUAACUUCAGUUUUUUUUAAUCUAUUUUGAUAUUUAUGAAGGAUUUUUGCUGUAUGUCUUAAUAUUUUGAUUCUGUAAAUAAAUGCUUGGAGUUUAAAAUACUUAUUUUGCUAACUUGUAAAAUAUUUGAGUUCUUUGCUGUUAAUAAAUACCCCUUUCUGAUUUUCCACUA